AUGUCGUUGGGUCCUCUUAAAGCUAUCAAUGACAAACAAUUGAAUACCCGUUCUAAACUAGUUCACACCCCAAUUAAAGGGAAUGCUCCAGACCUCGCAGGCAAAGAAAAUCACUUAAAGCAAACAAAGAGGCUGGAUCCAAAUAAUGACAAUCAUCACCAACCAGCACAAAAAAAGAAGAGAGAGAAGUUAUCUGCACUAUGCAAAACCCCACCUUCACUAAUUAAAACAAGAGGUAAGGACUACCAUAGAGGUCAUUUUCUUGGUGAAGGUGGCUUUGCUCGUUGUUUCCAAAUCAAAGAUGACUCUGGUGAAAUAUUCGCUGCCAAAACAGUUGCUAAAGCUUCAAUAAAAUCGGAAAAGACAAGGAAGAAACUUUUAUCAGAGAUUCAAAUUCAUAAAAGUAUGGCUCAUCCUAAUAUCGUUCAAUUCGUUGAUUGUUUUGAAGAUGAUAGCAAUGUUUAUAUUUUAUUGGAAAUAUGCCCCAAUGGGUCAUUAAUGGAACUAUUGAAGAGAAGAAAAGUUUUAACAGAACCAGAAGUUAGAUUUUUCACCACACAAAUAUGUGGUGCAAUCAAAUAUAUGCAUUCACGAAGAGUUAUACAUAGAGAUUUAAAGCUUGGUAAUAUCUUCUUCGAUUCAAAUUACAAUUUAAAGAUCGGUGAUUUCGGUUUAGCAGCUGUGUUGGCAAACGAAAGUGAACGUAAAUAUACUAUAUGUGGUACACCUAACUACAUUGCUCCAGAAGUGCUAAUGGGGAAACAUUCCGGACAUUCAUUUGAAGUAGAUAUCUGGUCUUUAGGGGUUAUGCUUUAUGCUUUGUUGAUUGGUAAGCCUCCAUUCCAAGCAAGAGACGUAAACACUAUUUAUGAAAGGAUUAAAUGUCGUGAUUUUUCUUUUCCCAAAGAUAAGCCAAUUUCAGACGAAGGUAAAAUUUUAAUAAGAGAUAUUUUAUCUUUAGAUCCAAUAGAAAGGCCCUCUUUGACAGAAAUCAUGGAUUACGUAUGGUUUAGAGGAACUUUUCCACCAUCCAUACCUUCAACAGUUAUGUCCGAGGCAUCGAAUUUCGACAAUAUUCCAGAAGAGCAAUCACUAAUUAAUUUCAAAGACUGUAUGGAAAAAUCUCUAUUAUUGGAAGCCAUGAGUAGCGAUAAAAGCCAACGUCAAAAGAGGGACUAUAUAUCGUCAAUCAAAUCUAGUAUUGACAAAUUAGAAGAAUAUCAACAAAAUAGACCAUUUUUACCUCACUCCUUAUCCCCUGGCGGGACCAAACAAAAAUAUAAAGAAGUUGUUGAUAUAGAAGCUCAAAGAAGAUUAAAUGAUUUGGCCCGUGAAGCAAGAAUACGCAGAGCACAACAAGCCGUUCUAAGAAAAGAGUUAAUAGCCACAUCGACUAAUGUGAUUAAAUCAGAAAUCUCUCUAAGAAUACUAGCCAGUGAGUGCCAUCUUACCUUGAAUGGUAUUGUAGAGGCAGAAGCUCAAUACAAAAUGGGAGGUCUUCCGAAAUCAAGACUGCCCAAAAUCAAACAUCCAAUGAUAGUUACCAAAUGGGUUGACUACUCCAACAAACACGGUUUUUCUUAUCAGUUAUCAACGGAGGAUAUUGGCGUCUUAUUCAAUAACGGUACGACAGUCCUCCGAUUGGCAGAUGCGGAAGAAUUCUGGUAUAUUAGUUAUGAUGAUAGAGAGGGUUGGGUAGCAAGCCACUAUUUACUGAGUGAAAAACCACGCGAGCUAAGCAGACAUUUAGAAGUAGUCGAUUUCUUUGCCAAAUACAUGAAGGCUAAUUUAAGUCGUGUUUCCACUUUUGGUAGAGAAGAAUAUCAUAAAGACGACGUGUUUUUGAGAAGAUAUACAAGGUACAAACCGUUCGUCAUGUUUGAAUUAAGUGAUGGUACUUUUCAAUUUAACUUUAAAGAUCAUCACAAAAUGGCAAUUUCCGAUGGAGGGAAAUUAGUCACCUACAUCUCUCCAUCUCAUGAGAGCACUACAUAUCCUUUGGUUGAAGUGUUGAAAUAUGGUGAAAUUCCAGGAUAUCCCGAAAGUAAUUUUAGAGAAAAGUUAACAUUAAUAAAGGAAGGUUUGAAGCAAAAAUCUACAAUUGUUACCGUAGACUGA